UGGCUGCGCCGGAGCCCCAGGAAGCCGGGAAGGGGAAGCAACCCAGGUGUUCAGAAAGAUAAUGCGUGAAGAAAAUCACUUCCUCCUUGAAAAUAAACUUAAAAUCCGGGCAUGGUGGUGAACACCUUCUAUCCAAACACUCCAGAGUCGGAGGAUCACGAGUUGGAGUCUUUUAAGCUUCUAGGAAUUUUAGAUGUUGGAAACAUUCCUUGUGCACGGGACUCAAUAUUAUAUGGUUCAUUUGGAUCUGUUGUGGCUGGACUUGGCCAUUUUCUGCUAACCAGUAGAAUUAGAAGAUCAUGUGACGUUGGAGUAGGAGGAUUUAUUGUGGUGACCUUGGGAUGUUGGUUCCAUUGUAGGUAUAAUUAUGCAAAGCAGAGAAUCCAGGAAAGAAUUGCAAGAGAAGGAAUUAAAAAUAAGAUUUUGUAUGAAAGCACCCAUCUUGAUCCUGAAAGAAAAUAAAUCAAGAUCAGCAGCAACUGAGCAACCAAUACUCCUUCCAGUCAGUCAAUAUCCACAGGAUCAAGCACUACUAAACACUUUAAUUGUAUUGCUAAUAAAAGCUUAAAGUAUGUGUAGUUUGUAUAACA